AUGAAUCUUGCAAAUUAUUCUUACUUCUCGGGCAUGUGUAACAUGACGGCAGAGUCUCAGCUCUCUCCGGCCGAGGCGGCCAGUCCUGUUGUCAUGUCUCCCAAUGUGAGUUUAGACUCUCCGUUACCUCCACCUCCGUUGAUGCUACAGCCUCGGACAAAAGACGGGGUUUUGAUCAAGUCCGAGCCUCGGGGAAGCAGUCCGAACACGGACAGGGAAGAGGGGGCGGCUCUGGGUCAAACGGAGGAGCACCUUCCGACGGGGAGCCGCCGGAGAAAGAGGCCUGUCCAGAGAGGGAAACCGCCGUACAGCUAUAUCGCUCUCAUUGCCAUGGCAAUUGCUAACUCUCCCGAGAGAAAGUUGACGCUUGGUGGUAUCUAUAAGUUCAUCAUGGAACGUUUUCCAUUUUACCGAGAAAAUUCCAAGAAAUGGCAAAAUUCAAUACGCCACAACCUUACACUAAACGACUGUUUCGUCAAGAUUCCUAGGGAGCCCGGGAGGCCUGGAAAGGGCAACUAUUGGACACUGGACCCAGCUGCUGAAGACAUGUUCGACAACGGCAGUUUCUUGCGCAGAAGAAAACGAUUCAAGCGCACUGAUGUGAGCACCUACCCCGGGUACAUGCAGAGCUCCAGUGCUUUUACCCCGACCCCAAUGGGCAGGCCUUCAUACCCCAACACGCUGUAUCCUGGAAUAGGAUCAAGCUACGGCUCCCAGCUUGGUGGGUCCCCUCAUCCCGCCAUGCUGCAUCAUUACCAGACCUCAGCCGGGGUCGCGCAAGGACAACCACGGAUGUUCAGCAUCGAUAACAUUAUCAGCCAACAAUCGGUGAUGCAAGGCGGCCCUGGCGGGGAGCUCAAUCCACAGGCUAUGGGGUUGGGGAGCGGAGAUUUGGGAGCCAUGUCUGCAAGCUGCUCGGUCACCGGUACCGAUCCAUCUGCUUGUUUUCAGACGCAGAUGAAUCCCUCAGCAAAUGUACUUAGCAGGGGCAGUGGGUCUCUUCCCUCGAACCUCACCUCUGGAUAUCCGUACCCCUCCUCGGCCUCCCCUCCCCACCUCCCCUCUAUGGCGCAGUCCAGUUUUUCUCCAGGUAGCUCUCAGGUGUACUGUGCAGGAAACCGGUUGCCUCUGCCGGCUGUGCGCUCGGGGUCUUGUGCCGAACAUUCGGACCAACUUCUGGGUCUGUCCAGUCCGAUGAACUCUUACAACAACUCAUACAUGAGACAAGCCAACUUUGCGUCAGGACUAGAGCGGUACAUGUGA